CGUCCACCUAGACCUUUAGUACAUCAGUACCGCAGAACCUGACUGCCGUAGCGACCUAUAGUGUAGUGUUAAACCUGUCAACGAUCGUCAGGACGGGAUUUAUAAGACGAAUGUGACAUCUCCGUAGUGCCACCAUGAAGAGCUACGGUGUGAUGGAUGAGCGCACCCCACUCACCAAGACUCUACCCCCUGACUAUGUGUACAUGACCAACCCCAACAGACUGUACAGGAAACAAGUGCACCAGUUCCAGUGCUGCAUCUGUGCUAUUGUUCUAGGUAUAUUCACCAUAGCACUCGCCAUCACCAUCCUAUACUCUGUAGAUGAAGAUACCAUAGAUGUUCCUCCAAUGCCUGCAGACAAUGCUAGCUUACAGUUGCUGCUGUCCAAGUCUUGGCCUCUGCCAGAUGACGGUGUCCCUGAUUGGCGUGUAGACCCACCUACACCAGAAGAGCUCGAAGCAGCUAUAAAGGCUGGAAAAGAUAAGUUGGCAGAGAAAGAUAAGCUAGAAGCUGCAAACCCUAGUCUGCCAGUCAAUAGUCCAUCGUACCGUCACCAAGUAUCAAUCAAAACUUCGGCCAGAGCAACGAACCUGGCGAGGUCUGCAUACAUGAUGGAGGUUGCCACAAAGACUUUUAUCUUGAAUAAAGGCAAGCCGAAAAACUUAACGAAGACAGUGGGGCGGGGGCCUGUGCUGGCGACGGAUUGGCUACCAUCUGACGAGUGUGGAGUAGGUCCACUACCCCCCUGUCCCCCUUCUGCCUACCGAACCAUCGAUGGAAGCUGCAACAACCCCUACAAGCCUAACAAGUGGGGGGUGGCGAUGCGGCCUUACCGUCGACAACUGGCUCAGGCAUACGCUGAUGGUAUCUCGGAGCCGCGUAAGGCUACAGACGGCAGUCCAUUACCUUCUGCAAGAGACGUAAGUGUUACGGUACAUCGUCCGACGUACAGAGACGACCCCAAGUUUACAGUCAUGUUGGCAGUCUGGGGACAGUUCAUGGACCAUGAUGUCACUGCUACUGCCAUAAACAUAGGCGGCAGUGGAAAACCACUAUCGUGUUGCCAGAAUACUUCGUCGUCUGCCCACCCUGAGUGUUUCCCCGUGAUGUUGUCUGCGGAAGAUACGUUCUACAAACAGUUCGGCAUCACUUGUAUGGAGUUUGUAAGAUCAGCUCCUGCACCUACCUGCGCUCUGGGACCCAGGGAACAGUUGAACCAAGUCAGCAGCUACCUGGAUGCUUCCGUCGUCUAUGGCAACAAACCAGAACUUGCCCGAGCUCUUCGCAGCUUUCAGGGUGGCCAACUGAAAAUGCUUCAGACCCCUGAUGGCAGAUCACUGCUGCCAAUUUCAACAAACUUAGACGAUGGCUGCAACAGAGAAGCAGAAAAUGCCAAAGGCAGAUACUGCUUUAUGUCGGGCGAUGAACGAGCUAACGAGAACACUCACAUAACCUCACUUCACACACUAAUGGCCAGACAGCACAACCUGGUGGCGACACAACUGUCCGACCUCAACCCUGACUGGAGCGAUGAGAAGCUUUACCAGGAGUCUCGCAAGAUUGUGUCCGCUCAGAUGCAGCACAUCACCUACAACGAGUUCCUUCCUAUCCUACUUGGUCCUGAUCUAAUGGAAGAGUUAGAGUUAAGUCCUAAGGAGAGUGGAUAUUACAAAAACUACGAUCCGUCUGUUGAUGCAACUAUCAGUAACAACUUUGCCAGUGCUUCGUUCAGAUUUGGCCAUACCCUUCUGCCCGCCCUGAUGAAGACUGUAGCCAAGGACUGGGGCUCUGAAGAGUCAGUUGAGAUGCACAAAAUGUUGUUUGAUCCCUACAAGCUCUACCAGACUGGAGCCUUAGACAAAGUCUUACAAGGAGCAAUAUCCACCAGGCUGGAGAGGGCUGACUCUUACUUCAACACUCAGGUGACGCAACACCUGUUCCAAGCUACUGGGGAGGAUGACAAGCCGUCAGCCCCCAAGUAUGGUCUGGACCUGGUGACCCUCAAUGUUCAGCGAGGCCGAGACCACGGUCUGCCUCCUUACCCAGCCUGGCGACAGUACUGCGGCCUCAAGGUGCCUCGGACCUUUGCUGACAUGGAGGGGAUGGUGGAUGCUGACUCACUCGAGAAGAUGAAGGCUAUCUACAAAUCCGUGGACGACAUCGACAUGUACACAGGCGCUCUGUCGGAAUUUCCGAUAGAAGGAGGUCUGGUUGGUCCUACAGUCACCUGUCUGGUCAGCGACCAGUUUAAGCGACUCAAGCAAGGGGACAGCUUCUGGUACGAGACAGACAACAAACCUCAGGCGUUCUCUUUGGCUCAACUGGAUGAAAUCAGGAAGACAACUUUGGCUAGUAUUAUCUGUGACACUUCUGACGAUGUGACGACAGUGCAACCUCACGUGAUGAAGAGUGUUGGGACUGACAACACUAGAGUGCCUUGCAGUGCAAUCCCUCGGCCAGACCUCACCAAGUGGGCGGAGGAAAGCAACCAGCUCAAGAAAAUCAGUGCAGGAGGUGCUGCCAUGAAAUACUCAAAAGUUUCAGUCACAGUAACAGGUGGAAGUAUCAAGACAAACGCUGGAGAAAUUCUCUGGGAUGGAACAGUACCAACUUCAAUAAGUCUGCCUCUGUUCAAUGUAAAACCCGUUUUGAAAGCUGCGCCUUCAGGUAGUUUUGGCAGUGGAGUUCAAUGGCAAGGGUCAACAACUGUAACGCCCAACGGGAUAGAAAUAUCAGGAAUGUUUUCUUACCCAGUGUAUCACCACGGACCUAUACCUCUCGGUACUAACUACUCUGCUAAAUGGGUGAAUGGACAGUUCAAUCUGAAAGCUGAGUUUACUUUGAAAGACACUGACGUCGGAGACAUCAUGCUUUCUGGUGCUUACCAAUCACCAAUCUACUUCUCCCAGGAGAAAGUUGAUGCAACAGGAGGAAAAAAACAGUUUGUUCUCGGCGCAACUCAGGAUGAUGCCCCAACGAUUGUUGGAGUUGAAAAACUUCCAGUGAUUUUGGUUGGAUCGUAUUCGCCCGAUAAAACAUCUUUUGCUUGGGCUGGAAAAGCAGUUAUAACAUUGUCUAGUGCUCCAGCAACACCACAACUACAGGCACCGGGGGCUGGUGUUAAGCCAACUACUUCUGGGGCAUUCAGUGUUGUAAGUGGUAGUGUAAAACUGCAGUCUUCAGAUGGAACAGCUACUAGCCUAUGGUCUGGUGGGCUGCCUGCUGCCAUUCCAGUGCCUCUACCAUACAAAGUGAUGGCACCUGGAGGGGCAUGGGGACCUCUUCCAGUGUUUGGAAGUGGACUCGAAUGGUCAACCACAAUAUCAGGAUCAUUAUUAGAGGGAUCCUUUGCUUUCCCACAGUACAACCAUACACUUGGAAUUCCACAAGUUAAUUGGCUUAAUGGUCAGUUUUCCUUAGAAGUAACCACUCUUGAAGAUGUCUCCUUGGAAGAGCUUAUAACUCCUGGUGUUAAAUACACAUCUAGGAUUAUAUUCAGAGAAGAACCAGCAGCUACCAAUGUCAAGCUGAACAGUGGGUUUUACGAUGAUUUGGAUGCUUCAAAUUCAAUUGAAAACCUUAUUGUAGAGAGUCAACAGGUGAUUGAUGGUGUUAUUGCAGCACCUUUGAUUUUGCAUGGAACAUUUUCACCGGACAAAACAGUGUUUUAUUUCAAUGGAAAAGUUAUUUUAGCAGUCAAGCCGACCAAGCCAAAAAUGGAUAAGCAAUUGAAAUUAUUAAAGGGUCCGGAACCAUCAGUUUCACCAUGGGCCAGUCCAAAGUUUGGUGGAAUGGUUAACUCAGGACACAUAACAGCUGGUUUGGAUGGAGCAUCUCCUUCUACAGUAUGGUCAGGUACAGUCCCUGUAGCAAUAAAAAUGCCAACUUUUUUCUCUCCCAUAUAUGAUUUAUUUGGAGCAAAAUCGUUCAUGUUUGGAAAUGGUGUGGUUUGGUCAGGAACUCUCAGUGGGACAACAAUAAAAGGCACAUACACAUUGCCCCAAACAACAAAAUCUAUUACUGGUGUAACUACACAAAAUUGGUCUGGUGAAUUUGCCUUUGAGGUAAGUCCUCUUUGGAAUGCAACAUUGGCAGCUAUUUUUGUUCCUGGUGCAAAAUAUUACUCAAAAAUUCAUUUCCAAGGAACCAAAUACGAAGCGGGAAUAACAACGUUGAAAGGUGUUCCCGGAGAAGACCCCACAGUUGGAAUGGCUGCUCCAAUAAUUUUGCAAGGAAGCUACUCCCUCGACAAAUCAACAUUUUUGUGGUCUGGUGGUUUUAUCAUAACAUUCAGAAAUAAGCCAAUUUUGUCAUUUGUCAUGCCACCAAAACCAAAGAAGGUAGAUGUUAACAAACCGUCCAUUACCCUUGAUGUGACCUCUGGUACGGUUGUGGCAGGUUUUACUGGGACCAAUCCAACACAAGUUUGGGGUGGAGAAUUACCUGCAACAAUUCCUUACAGUUCCCUACUAUCCAAGGACAGUUGGAACCCUAUACCAUCUCCAGAUAUCACAUGGACCGGAAAGGUGAACAACAACACAUUCCAAGGAACCUUUGCGGUGCCUACUUACAAACCAAAUAGCACAGAAGAAGUGGUUGUAUGGUUUGUAGGAAACUUCUCAUUCAAAUACACUACAAGAUACGGCCAGUUGUUGGAGGACUUUGUUGUUCCUGGAAAGAAGUACAACUUCAAAUUGAUGUUCAUCCCUACAAAAUCUUCCAGCAAAGAAGACAAAGGAGGAAACAAGUUAGUUCAAUUCACUCAAAAUGCACAGGAAGUAAUUGAUGAUGUCAAACCUGGAAAAAUUCUUUUGUUUGGAAAUUACUUCUCAAAAUCAUUUUACUGUUACUUUGUGCCCUUGUGUACUGAUAAGAAGGAAUACUAUUGGUCGGGAGGUAUGACUUUAAAUUUCCCAGAAACUACCAACAAUACAUCCAACAACUUGAAAAUGAGCAAUGUCGAAGCUAUUGGCAAACCAUCAUCUCAGUUUGGAGGCAAAGUUACAUCAGGAAGCUUAGAAGGGGGUCUGAGUGGUGAAAGCAUGAAUGUUUGGUGGUCAGGUAACUUACCUGUGGCAAUACCCACGGCCAUAUUUAGAACUAACAAAACAAAACUGAUGGCUGGAUCGUUUGGAGGAUACAAGAUUAAUUGGUCAGGAUCUCUAAUUGGAAACACCUUGAAAGGAUCAUUCUCUCUUCCUCAAAUAGUAGCAGAUUACCCUAUGCCAACCGUACGGACAUGGAAUGGUCAGUUUUCAUUUGAAAUCGAGCCACUAUGGAAUGCUACUUUGGACGGUUUGAUUAAGUCUGAAGUCCAAUAUUCUUCUGGGCUUUACUUCCAAGGCAUGAAGGUGGAGGAAAGUAAUGACAAUUUGAAGCUGGGAGAAAGUGUUGUGGGAUCUCAAAGUGCUCCUAUAAUACUACAAGGAAACUUCUCACCUGACGGGGCUUCUUUCAUGUGGUCAGGACAAUUUAUUAUAUCAGUGAAAAACUACCCGAUGUAUGCAUCUUUGAAUCUUAUGAAAACUAAAGUGACUGUGAAAGAUGACUCUUCACCAACCAAAGCUCCAAAACCCACUAAGCCUCCCACUACUCCCAAGCCUGUGAAACCAAAAACAACUGUUAAUUUUUCGGUUCUCACAGGUCAACUGACUGCCACAAAUGGAAGUGACCCUGAGACAGUGUGGGCAGGCACACUUCCAAUAGAAAUAAACACAGAUUUAUUCAAUCCAACAGCAACUCUGGGAGGUGGUAUUUCUAUCAAUUGGACGCCGACGUCACUAUCUCCUCAGUUGGUUGGAACAUUCUCUGUCACAGUUUACAAGCGAAACAGUUCUAUUUUGUUACCUGUGCCAUACUCAGGAAAUUUUUCAUUCCAUUAUGUGACAAAGUGGGGAGGUGCUUUUACCGGUCUGGUGAAUACCGGAAAGCAAUACUCGUGCAGUCUUGUGUUUAAGGAAAUGGCCAAAAGUAGUCAAUCACUGUCAGCUGAGGACGUUCCUAAGCGGUUUGUGCUUGGAGAUGGAGAAUCUUCAGGAACCCCGUGCACGUUAAUACUCACUGGAAAGAAUUAUAUCAAGAGUGGAAAUGCAUUUUACUGUAAAAUAAUUCCGUUCAUGUGUUCCAAUGAACCAGACACAAAUUGGUUUUCAUUUACUGGAGAUGCGUUGUUAGUCAUCAAGCCUCCAGCUGAUCCGCCAAUGCAACAAUUAUCUUUGAUGAAACCCAAACCCACCAUAUCAUACAUGCAGGGCUUCCCAAGAAGAGUGAAUACAACAGUGAUCGGAGGAAGUAUAAAGGCUGGGCUAGAAUCAGAGUAUCCUUCGACAUUAUGGUCCGGAACGUUCCCAGUUGCUAUUCCACUGCCAGUCUUCUGGAGUGACAAUGUGGCUGGAGGAGCAAAGGUACCGAAAGAGGACACAUUGCACACUCACCAAGUGAUCUGGUCGGGUUCACAAAUGGGACCUCGAGUAGAAGGAUCUUUCUCACUCCCUCAAUACAGCAAAACCGGUUUGAAAUGGUGGACAGGAAGAUUCUCGUUCUUGUUCCAGACUAGUUGGGGUAACCUGGGAGAUUUGGAUGAACUUAUCGCUUCUGGUGUUAACUACAAAUCAAGAAUAAUAUUUAGAGAUAUCAACAGCCCAACUCCACUCAUGGCACCUAGUCAGAUUGAUAUUGACACAGCAACGAGUUUGCCCAUAGUAUUACUUGGAACUUACGCACCGGGAAAGAAAACAUUCUUUUGGUCUGGACAGACAAUUAUUGCUACAAGAGGCAGCCCAUGGAACUCUUUAGACCAAGCUAGUAACAUGCUGACUGGUCCUGAACCAGGAGUUUGGCCAAUGAAACCACAACAGAGAGUUGGCGCAUUAGUGUCUUCAGGAAGUGUAACAAACGCCACAAACGGAGCCCCUGUUUGGUCUGGAAGCAUACCAGUAACUAUUCCUCUGUCUGUUUUCAAUGUAACUAAAGGAGUAAAUGUAAUCUGGUCCGCUUCAACCUUGUAUCCUACAUUUUCAGGGAAAUAUUCAAUUCCUCAAUACGUUCCAAACGGAGAGACUUUCAAGAUACAAUGGAUGGACGGCACGUUUUCAUUCGAUCUGACGCCUUUAUGGAACACAUCAUUGGAUGUUGUAGAAAUUGGAAAGGAAUACGCAACGAUUAUUGGCACUAAUUUAGUAAAAUUGUCUAAAGCUGAACAGGCAGAGUUAUUAACUUCAUUCCAAAACUUGAUCAUGGAGUCUGCAGACCUGGCUGGUUCUCCACUAGGAAAAAUAAACUUGAAGGGUUUGCUCACUCCAGACAACUUAAACUUCAUUUGGCAAGGAGAGGCUUGGUUUUAUCCUGAGAAGAACAAAACCGUCGGUCCCAAAAGUAGUUUGAAACUCCAAGCAGAUAAGCCUUUUUACCUAACUCAGUUUGGAGGUUCUGUCUAUGACGGCUCAGUGACCUCUGGAACUUCCAGUUUCUUCAGCCUCAGCCACACUGUAUGGUCUGGGAACAUUCCAGCGGUGAUUCCUUUCUCUGCAUUUUGGACCGGAUCGUUCUCCUCGGCCACAUUCACCAAAGGCAUAACCUGGACAGCCAGCUCUGUGACAGACUCACUAAUUAGCGGAAGUUACUCAGUCCCUCAGUAUUCCUGGGAUGGAAUCGCAACUUCUGUGACUUGGUACAAAGGAAAUUUCAAGUUCUACUUUAGACCUCUUUGGAACGCCACACUCACUUCACUGAUACAACCCGGAGUUCAGUACUAUUCCUCAAUCAGCUUCCAAGGAGAGAAACCUCUGCUUUCAGCAGAAAAUUCUGUUAGUGUUCCAAUAGUUCCGACUACUGGAGUCAAAGCUCCAAUUAUUCUGCAAGGCUCAUACUCUCCUGACCGAACUGCCUUCUACUGGUCUGGAAACUUCAUCUUGAAUGUGAAACCAGCAAAAACUGUGUAAAAACAUAGAUGAUAUGCACUGAAUUGUUGUGGAUAUUUCAACGAUUGGUAGUUUGAAUACACACUUAAAUCUAAGUGAUCGAAACAGGGUAGAGAUGUGUGUUAGUUGUUUUUCAACUACAGUAUCAAUUUUUUUAUUAAUUUAUAAUAGGCUUCUUUUUAAUGGAUUCCCAUUUUAUUAGAACGAAUUAUUUAUAAAAUUAAUUUCAGAAUUUUAUCUUAUUUUAUGUAUUGCACUAGUCAAUCACGUAUCUUUUUAGGUUUAAUAGAAGUUGUGCAAGUUUAUUUUAAAUAGGUAAUAUUUUUAAAUAACCUCAUUCUUUUUUAUUUUUCAUCAUUGGUGUUAUGUUUGAGAAGAUAAUUUUAUAAUGAUGUCCAUACUGUAACCUUUGUUAGCUGAUUAUUUAUUUUAUCUGUGAUUUUUGUCAUUUUUAUUUUCAAGUCUUAUGCCAUCAAUAUUGUUAGUAUAGAUUGGAUCUACCGUCCAUUAGCUUUUUUAUAUUUUUAUAAAUAUCAAUUAAUGAUGUAGUUAGUAGUUUGUGUUGAUCAGUUUUAUUUUCAUGUGCUAUAUUUUAUUACUAGGUAGCAUAGUUUAUAACAAUUAAUAUUUUUUGUAUAGUUAGGUCGAUCUGUCAUAGUGUAAAGACAUAUUUUUAUAUAGUUUUUGUACCUAACAAAGGUAAGUUAGCUGCCAAUGAUCGGUAUUGUAUUUACAUAAAGAAAUGUUAUUUAUGUUAAGAAUAAAGUUUCAAAACUAUUUUUAUCUUCAUA